UCUAGCAAAGAACGCCGCCCAAAUUUGAAUAAACCAGCAUGCAUGCUUCUUGGUUCCAUACCUACCAUCCCACACAAACCCUCUAUAAAAUCCCCAUCCCUUGCUCGCCAUUCUCCAUCUCAUUUUCACUCACCACAACUUAGUAGAAGUAGUGAAGCCUAGGAAAUUAAGAAUCCAAUUUAACCAUGAGUCCCUCCACUUGGACCCUCGAGAUCGAGUCCCCGGCCCCCGCCGCAAGGCUGUUCAAGGCGGUCCUCGACUGGCACAACUUGGCCCCUAAGCUCCUACCUAACAUUGUUGCAAGCGCCGUUGGUGUUCAAGGUGAUGGCAGUAUCGGGAGCGUCAGGCAGAUCAACUUCACUUCAGCAAUGCCAUUUGGCUAUGUGAAGGAGCGCCUAGACUUCGUGGACUUUGACAAGUUUGAGUGCAAGCAAAGCCUGGUCGAAGGCGGUGAUCUCGGGAAGAAGAUUGAAUCAGCCUCGUCCCAGUUCAAGUUCGAGCAAACCAGCAAUGGAGGAUGUGUGUGCAAGGUGGUGACAACCUAUAAGCCACUACCAGGAGUUGAGAACAAGGAUGAGGUAGCCAAGGGAAAGGAAGCGGUGACCGGCAUCAUCAAGGCAGCAGAGGCCUACCUCCUGGCCAACCCUGGUGCCUACGCUUGAAGUGGUUCGGAUUUGAGCUCAUGCACCUGGUGGUGGGACAGAAAUAUAAUAAGCAAGAUUUUGCGUUUCGAGUGAGCGCUUGUGAGGUUGUUUCUGGUUGUUUCCAUGAUUUCUUUUUCUCCAGAGUGUCUCUACGUGGUUUUCUGAAAUAAAUAAACCAACUGGUUGAGUAAGUGCGUGGCAGACUUGUGAACCUUUUCACAAUGCCAUCAGAUUUAUAUAAAAGAAAUU